CUUGUGAAACUUUUGUAAUCUAGCAUUCCUUUGAAGUUCUUCCAGAUUCUACUGUUAGUAAUUACACCAAAGUGAAAAGAUAUGAAUGAACAUCCUAAAAAAAGGAAAAGGAAGACUCUACAUCCCUCUCGUUAUUCAGAUUCUACUGGCAUAACCAAAAUUGCAGAUGGAUUCAAUGGAAUUUUCUCCGAUCAUUGUUACAGUGUCUGUUCUAUGAGACAGCCAGAUUUAAAAUAUUUUGAAAACAAAGAUGACGAUUCAGACACGGAGACCUCCAACGACUUGCCUAAAUUCUCAGAAGGAAUCAGAAGGAGCCGAAACCAGAACCACCUGGUUCCUAGCCCCGUGCUCAGGAUUCUGGACCACAGCGCCUUCUCUGCAGAGAGGUCCGCGGCCGACGUGGAGAUCUGCGAGGAGUGCGAGUCCCCCGAGCCCACGGCCCAGCCGCCGCGGGAGGAGAGCCCCGUGGAAGUGCGCACGGCCGAAGACGUGCCCAUCGCGGCCGAGGUGCACGCCGUGUCCGAGGACUACGACGCCGAGCCCGAGAACCUGUCCUCGGAGAGCCUUCAGGAGCCGCCGGCCGAGGAGCCCCCCGGGAAGCCGUGCCGCCUCCUGGACAAGAGCCAGGGGCAGCCCAAGUGGCCCCUGCUGAGGGCCAACAGCAGCGGCCUGUACAAGUGCGAGCUGUGCCAGUUCAACAGCAAGUACUUCUCGGACCUGAAGCAGCACGCCGUGCUGAAGCACAAGCGGCCCGACGAGGGCCACGUGUGCCGGGUGUGCCGGGAGAGCUUCCCGAGCGGCCGCCGCCUGCUGGAGCACGCCAAGCGGCACGAGGAGGAGCCCUACCCGUGCAAGUACUGCGACUACCGCGCCGUGCUGCUGGAGAGCCUGAGCCAGCACAUCGCCGACGCGCACUUCGGCGACCACCUGUACUGGUGCGAGCAGUGCGACGCGCAGUUCUCGUCCAGCAGCGAGCUCUACCUGCACUUCCAGGAGCACAGCUGCGACGAGCAGUACCUGUGCCAGUUCUGCGAGCACGAGACCAACGACCCCGAGGACCUGCACAGCCACGUGGUCAACGAGCACGCCUGCCGCCUCAUCGAGCUCAGCGACCAGGACGGCCGCGCCGCGGGGGGCGCGCGCGGCCCCUACAGCCUGCUGGCCAAGAUCUCCUUCGACAAGUGCCGCAACUUCUUCGUGUGCCAGGUGUGCGGCUUCCGCAGCCGGCUGCACACCAACGUCAACCGGCACGUGGCCAUCGAGCACACCAAGAUCUUCCCCCACGUGUGCGACGACUGCGGCAAGGGCUUCUCCAGCAUGCUGGAGUACUGCAAGCACUUGAACUCGCACCUGGCCGAGGGCAUCUACCUGUGCCAGUACUGCGAGUACUCCACGGGCCAGAUCGAGGACCUCAAGACCCACCUGGACUUCCGGCACGCCGCCGACCUGCCCCACAAGUGCACCGACUGCCUCAUGCGCUUCGGGAGCGAGCGGGAGCUCCUGGGCCACCUGGCCGUCCACGAGACGGCUUGACGUCCUCCCCGCCGACGGCGGCCGGCGAGAGCCGAAGAGAUGCUCCCUUUGUGAGACGUUCUACGGCGGAUGGUUGUGUGACGAGACC